AAUGGUGGGUCAAAAGAAAGAAGCCCUCCAAACCCUGUUUCUACUUACACUUGUCGUUCAUAUCCCCCCAAAAGUUAAUAAAUUAAAAAAGCAUUAAAAAAAAAAACAACCAUUUUCUUCUACUUACUAAUUGUCCUUAAAUCCUUCAUUUUUCUUCUUUUUCCAGAUUUGGAUUUGAAGCUCUCUUCUUUCCCACUAAAAAAAACUGCAAUUUUUUACAUAAAAAUAUGUUCUUUAGACUUUAAAGUUUCAAUUUUUCUCCAUCUUGUUCUUCAAUGGCUUACUUAACCCAUUUCAUCCUUUUAUUACUCAUAAAUUUAGCUUCUUCCCAACAAAUCUCAAACACUGAAUCAUCAUCAUCAACAACAACCAACCCAACAACAACAGAAGAUUGUAACAACCGUUGGAUCUACAUCAGAAACCUCCCAUCAAGGUUCAAUCUUGAUCUUCUUACAAACUGUUCUGAAUACCCAAUUUUUGAUAAUUUUUGUCCUUACUUAGCUAAUCAUGGUUUAGGACAAAAAACCCAUACCAAAUCUCGUAGUUGGUAUAGAACUGAUCCUUUAUUACUUGAACUUAUCUUCCAUAGACGAAUCCUGGAAUACCCUUGUCUUACAAAUGAUCCUAAUGUUGCCAAUGCUGUGUUUCUUCCUUAUUAUGGUGCUAUUGAUUCAUUGAAGUAUUUAUAUGGUCCUGAUGUGAAUUCUAGUUUCCAACAUGGGAUGGGAUUGUUUGAUUUCUUACAAUCAGAUGAACCUGGAAUUUGGAACAGACAUAUGGGACAUGAUCAUUUCUUGGUUAUGUCUAGACCAGCUUGGGAUUUUUCCCAACCAUUGGAUAAUGAUCCGCCUAUUUGGGGUACUUCAUUUCUUGAAUUGCCUGAAUUUUAUAAUGUUACUGUUUUAGUACCUGAAGGAAGAGCUUGGCCAUGGCAAGAACAUGCUGUGCCUUAUCCGACCUCAUUUCAUCCUCCGAAUUUAGCUUGUUUCGAGGCGUGGAUACAACGAGUUAGACGGUCGAGACGGGUUUCUUUGAUGUUGUUUGCUGGCGGUGGUGGGAUUGGCGCUAGCCCGAAUAUCAGGCGGAGUAUAAGGACCGAAUGUGAAAAUGCCAACACUAGUAUGACCAAAGACAACACAGGUUACUCACAGAUAUGUCAUAUAGUGGAUUGUUCUAAUGGGAUAUGUGAACAUGAUCCUAUUAGGUAUAUGAGACCUAUGUUACAAGCUACCUUUUGUUUACAACCACCAGGGGAUACACCAACUAGGAGGUCGACUUUUGAUGCUAUCACUGCUGGGUGUAUCCCAGUUUUCUUCGAGGAAAUGUCGGCGAGAUCACAGUACCGGUGGCAUUUACCGGAGGAAAAAUACCCUGAAUUCUCCGUGUUUAUACCUAAAGAAGAAGUGGUUUUUAAAGGGUUGAAGAUUUUAGAUGUGUUAAUGGGGAUUCCAAGGAGUGAAGUAAGGAAGAUGAGAGAAUCUGUUAUUGAAUUAAUCCCUAGAGUUAUGUAUAGAAGGCAUGGUAGUUCACUUGGAUUGAGGACUAAAAAAGAUGCAUUUGAUACUGCCAUUGAUGGGGCAUUGCAAACUAUUAAAGACAAGCCUAACGAUUUGUCAGAACAGUAACAAUCCUUAGUUUAAUGUCUAUUUCAUGUCUGUAUUCAUACCACUGGUGAUUUUUUUCUUACAUUAAUUAUGGUUAUAAAAGGUUUCAGUUUUUGUGAGCAUGGUGAACUUGUUGGUACAAAGUAUAUGAUUUUUCUUCAUUUUUAGAAGGUUAAUUUAGCUGCAAGGCAUCCGUUUCAUCCCCAUCUAGUAACAGCAGAAGCCUAAGUUAGACCUGCACCGAAACUUGGGGCCAUGAUCGUAUGGCUGGGCUUCACCUUUCUGCUUCGAACCGCAUUGUCCAAUGCCGAAGGAAUGGAUGUGGUGCUCGGAUUACUGUAUUUAGAAAUGGAAGUCAUACUAUCUCCGGGUAUCUGAAAGAAAUACCUGAUGGAUGCAGUGAGACCAGCCUUUUUCAAGGUGGAUUCCAUUGAUUGCGGCACACAUGGGACGUCAAAACGACCAUUUGUAUGUACACAGAGAUAAGAGGACUUUCUCUAAGCAAAUUCCAAUACUGAACCAUUAGAAUCCGAUAGAUCACUGGUUUGAGCGGAAGCACUGAGAUGUCUGCAGCAACAUAAAAUCCGCAGAUAAAGCAAUACAGCGUCAUAAAUUCUACAUACCUGCCGCCGUUUCCAUCACCAUGCACAAGUCGAAGCUUAAUAAACUGUCGUCCUCGGUAUUGCAGACCUACAGAAUCAUUUGUAUAAUGAAUAAAUAUCAUGCAAGAUUAUAUCAGUGAAUAUGGUUGCACUAA